AUGGCGCCGAAGAAAAAAGCCAAAGCAUCUGUACCCUCGCAAACACUCGUGAUCGAUAACGGCGCAUAUACCCUCAAAGCCGGCCUUGUGUCGAACGAAGCCGUAGACCUCAGCUAUGACGAUUGCAGCGUGAUACCAAACUGCAUCGCGCGAAGCUCACGCGACAAGCGCACAUAUGUCGCGUCAGAGUUAGCAGAAUGCAAAGACUUUGGCGAGCUCGCGUUUCGAAGGCCCGUCGAGAAGGGCUUCAUCGUCAAUUGGGAGGCUCAGAAGGCGAUCUGGGAGCAUGAAAUCAUGGGUGCUGAUGCGGGGACGGAGCUGUGGUGUGAACCAAAGAAUACGAACCUGCUUCUAACGGAGAAGCCGAACUGUCCCAAAGAGCUGCAGAAGAACUGCGAUGAGAUCGUUUUCGAGCAAUUCGAAUUCGCUGCCUACUAUCGUUGCGUUGGUGGCGCGAUGAACGCAUACCACUCUGCUUUCCUCGGCGCGCUCCCACAAGAGUGCCUACUUCUCAUCGACACAUCCUACUCCGAUACGACCAUACUGCCUGUAUACAAAGGGCAGCUGUUGCAUUCGGCGGUACGACGACUCACGGUCGGUGGAAAGCUGCUCACGAACUACCUGAAGGAGCUCUCUUCGCUGAGGCACUACAACAUGCUGGAGGAGACAUAUCUGCUCAACGAGAUCAAAGAAGCUGUGUCAUUCGUUGCGCCGACAACGCAGCAAUUCUCGAAAGACCUUGAACGGACAUGGAAAGGUCGAUUAGGCGACAAGAGAGAGCUUGAUUCGAGCAUAGUGCUGGAUUAUGUUUUGCCAGAUUACGAGCAAUCAGUUCAUGGGUAUGUGAGGCCGCACGACCCGGCGAAGUCGAGGAUGCGCCGCGGAUUGCAACCUUUGCAAGGCCCGCGAGAGGACCUUCUACCGCUCGGAAACGAACGGUUCGCUGUCCCAGAGCUACUCUUCAAUCCGGCCGAUAUUGGGAUACGGGAAGUCGGACUACCCGGCGCUGUCAUAGAAGCACUGAGCGGACUCCCGGAGUCUCUGCGGGUUGCCAUGCUGGCAAAUGUCGUGGUCGUCGGAGGGAACACGCUCAUUCCUGGUUUCAUGGACAGGCUGGAGGGCGAGUUGAGGACAUUGGUGCCUUCACAAUACUUGCUCAACAUCGUAAGAGCAGAUGACCCGAUCAAGCAUACGUGGCUGGGUGCUGCGCGGUUUGCGAGUCGGCCAGAUCUGAUGAAGGAAGCGUUGGUGACGAAGGCUGAAUAUGACGAACGAGGAUCUACAUGGCUAGGAAAGAAGUUCGCUGGAGGAGACCGAUGA